UACGCUUCCCGUCCUAACUGUCAAGGAGACAACAUUUACAACGCAUCAUCAAUCCCGUCCCGAAGAAAUUUAAGCGGCCUCUUACUAGCCACUCUCCUUCAUCCGUUUCAUUCUUCACAUUCACCUUUACUCGAACUCGUAUUUAUUUAUUUCUAACGAUUUUACGAUUUACCGAAAAUGGAGCCUCAAGACCAGCAAGGCGUUGUCUCGAAUCAGCAACAGCAACCCAAUCAAGGCGGGCCACAAACUUCUGAGACGACUCAACCAGUUCAAGACGUGAAUAUUGCUGGACAUGAAGCACAAAUACAGUCACUACCAACACACGGAAUAUCCCUGCCGUCAGGACAUUCCAUUCCCAACAACGGCCUGCCAAUCUUUCCGCCUCCUGAUUCUGCAUUUGUUACGGCGUUUGCCGACCCCGCCGUCUUAGCACCUCCGAAUCAACAAGUCUUAAGCAUCCUCAACCCAGUUAUUGGGCAACCAUCAAACGGAAAUAGUUUGAGUGCAGAUGAUAUCGCCCUCUAUGACCGUCAGCUGCGGCUGUGGGGCAUGGAAGCCCAACAAAAGAUUCAGAGCGCCAACAUUGUUAUCAUUACUAUGAAGGCUCUAGCGAAUGAGAUCGCUAAGAAUCUUGUCCUAGCAGGCAUCGGUUCCCUAACCAUCGUCGACGACCAAAUCGUCACCGAAGCUGAUCUGGGGGCCCAAUUUUUCCUCUCUGAAGAAAAUGUCGGCCAAAGCCGUGCCCAAGCAGCUUCCGUUCGAAUUCAGAAACUAAAUCCCCGAGUUAAGGUCAUCGCUGACUCUGGAGGUAUCAUGACCAAAGGUGCAUCAUUUUUCGGCAACUUUGAUAUCGUCAUCGCCACAGAUCUUAGUCCCACGCUUCUCGCUUUCAUCAACACCGCUACUCGUCUUCAUAAUCGGCAAUUCUACGCAGCUGGAACCUAUGGUUUCUAUGGGUACAUAUUCUGUGAUCUGAUUGAGCACGAUUACGUUGUACAGCGUGACAAGUCCAACGUGCCAACUUCCAUAGGCCCGGAGACACGAACUCGUAGCAUUAUCAAGGUAGAGAGCCAAAAGGAAGGCGGCAAAGUCAUCGAGAAGGUCCAGAAACGCGAACUUUACUCUACUUGGGAUCUCGCCUCUGAGACCAGCCUCUUACCUCCCGAAUAUACCAAAUCCAGACGUCGUCUAAAGGCCGUCUCGCCAGCGCUAUCCUGCCUUCGGGCACUAUGGGCCUUCCAGCAGCUCCACGAUGACCGGUUCCCCGAACACAACAAGCAAGAUCUGGAAGUAUUCACGCGAUCAGCCACGCACAGCCACGCGCUCCUGUCUCUCCCCGCAGACACCAUCCGAUCCGAGUUCCUGCGCAGCUUCCUCCAAAACAUCGGCUGCGAAAUCGCGCCCGUGACGGCCAUCCUCGGCGGCCAGCUAGCCCAGGACGUGAUCAACGUCCGCGGACAGCGCCAGCAGCCGAUCCAGAACAUGGUCGUCUUCGACGGCGAUAAGAUGGAGGCUGAGAUGUACCCCCUCCACCCCGAAGGCCACCUCGGCAGGGCCCAGCUCGAAAUCGCUACGCCCUUGAUGCCCUUGCCUCCCAUUGACCCCUCCCAGAUCCCGCUUCACCCGGUCGAUCCUUCGCAGAUGUCACUUCCCUUGGAUCAGACGGGCGGGAUGGUUGGAACUCAGGGAUUGCAAUAGGGUGUGUGAUCUUUGGAUGGGGGGUUAUUUCUACGCGCAAGGUUGGACUUUGGGUGAGGGAAGAGAUUUGUCGAUGUUGGCAUUGCUAUCAAUGUCGAUGUCACGGCGUUUUUAUCAGAUCUCACGUCUGUACGCGAGUUUGGGCAUAGCCGGCGGCGAUGAUUUUUUUGUUAUCUUGUGGUUACGUGGCGUGCACUCUCUUCACGAAGUUGCGGUGGAUGGAUACCAGAUGAAAAAAUGGGCUGUUAGGUUAAAAAAUACCCUCGCCCGCGGUUGUGUUUUCGUGUUACCUACUGUCUAUUUCCUCCUCUUCCUUUUUCCCUCGCUUUUUAAUCUCACAGUACGGAAGCUGGGACCCUUGCGAAUAGCUGACCUGGCUGUAUUACAUGCAUGCGUGAAAAAAUGAAAGGAAAAGGAAAGACAGCAACAAAAUUAGAGGGCGGCGAAGAAAAGAUGGCGAUUGUGUACGAUACCAAUGCUUACCUAGGUUACUGCUCAUAGAUGAUUCAUGAAGAUGCUGUGGUAGUGACUAUGAAAUGGCCUUGCUACCUAGGUACUUUGAUUAUCCUGA